AAUAAAAAUUAAAAAAAAUUAACACCAGAGGGUCAUCAGCUCGAGUUACUCUCUCACCCUCUCCUCACUCUCGGAGAACGCGAUCGAAGCCCCCGACAAAUCCCUCUCCUUCUCCUCCUCCCCCGAUCCGUAACCUCUCCUUCGAUCUCGCUUUUCGUAGGGUUUGCGGCGGAGAUGGGGAGGAUAUCCGACGGGGUCGGGCUAGGGAUUCCGCUCGCGUCGGUGGUGGCUGCGGUGGUGGCGGUUGCGUUAGGGUUAGGGUUUGUGGCGACGGCGGUGGAGGGGAGGUUCGUGGUGGAGAAGAACAGCUUGAUGGUGAUCUCGCCCUCGGAGCUGCGGGGGAAGCACGACAGCGCCAUCGGCAACUUCGGGAUCCCGCAGUACGGGGGGAGCAUGGCGGGGACAGUGGUGUACCCCAAGGGUGGCAACAACGCCGACGCGUGCGAGGAGUUCGCCGAGUCGUUCCGCGCCAAGCCCGGGGCGCUCCCCAACUUCCUCCUCAUCGAUCGCGGGGAUUGCCUUUUUGCUAAGAAGGUUUGGAAUGCUCAAAAUGCUGGCGCUUCGGCAGUUCUCGUUAUAGAUGACAAGGACGAACCCUUAAUAACCAUGGAUUUGCCCCGAGAGGAUGAUGAUUCUGCAAAAUAUAUACAAAACAUAACAAUCCCAUCUGCACUUAUCGAUAAAAAGUUUGGUGAACAAUUAAAGAAGGCUGUUAGAAGCGGCGAUAUGGUCAAUGUGAACCUUGACUGGAGGGAGUCUGUUCCACACCCAGAUGAUCGUGUGGAGUAUGAGCUAUGGACUAACAGCAAUGAUGAGUGUGGACCCAAGUGUGAUAUGUUAAUGGAUUUCAUAAAGGAAUUUAAGGGUGCAGCUCAACUACUUGAAAAAGGAGGUUAUAGUCAGUUUACACCCCAUUAUAUAACUUGGUACUGUCCUCAAGCAUUUAUUGUCAGCAAACAGUGCAAGUCUCAAUGCAUUAACCAUGGAAGAUAUUGUGCACCUGAUCCUGAACAAGAUUUUAGCACUGGUUACGAAGGCAAGGAUGUGGUUGUGGAGAAUUUGAGACAGCUUUGUGUGUUUAAUGUUGCUAAUGAAAGCAAAAGACCCUGGGUCUGGUGGGAUUAUGCGACAGAUUUUCACAUCAGGUGCCCUAUGAAGGAGAAAAAGUAUAACAAGGAUUGUGCUGACACUGUUAUUAAAUCGCUAGGGCUAGAUGCCAAGAAGAUUGAGAAGUGCAUGGGAGAUCCAGAUGCCGAUUCUGACAAUCCAAUGUUGAAAAUGGAACAAGAUGCACAGAUUGGAAAAGGUUCAAGGGGAGAUGUUACCAUACUACCUACCCUUGUUGUCAACAAUCGACAAUAUCGCGGAAAGCUCGAGAAAAAAGCUGUUCUGAAAGCCAUUUGUGCUGGUUUUGAGGAAACUACUGAGCCAGCUGUUUGUUUGAGCGAUGAUAUUGAAACAAAUGAAUGCCUGAAUGAAAAUGGUGGAUGCUGGCAAGAUAAGGCUUCCAACAUUACAGCCUGCAAGGACACUUUUCGUGGCAGAGUUUGUGAAUGCCCUGUGUUUGAUGGUGUGCAGUUCAAAGGUGAUGGUUAUAGCAAUUGUGAAGCUUUUGGGCCUGGAAGAUGCCGGAUAAACAACGGUGGCUGUUGGAAGGGCAGUCAUGACAGAAACACCUUCUCGGCAUGCCUGCAAGUGGGAGAUAACAAAUGCCAAUGUCCCUCUGGGUUCAAAGGCGACGGUGUUAAAACAUGUGAAGAUAUUGAUGAAUGCAAGGAGAAGAAAGCUUGCCAGUGCCCUGAAUGCAGCUGCAAAAAUACAUGGGGAAGCUACGAUUGCACCUGCAGCGGAGACCUUUUGUACAUCAGGGAGCACGAUACUUGCAUUAGUAAGAGAGCAAGUGAAGCGAAAGCAACCUGGGUUGCUGUUUGGGUGAUUACGAUAAUCUUGGCCGCUGUUGCGGCAGGAGCAUAUGUUGUGUACAAGUAUAGAUUAAGGUCAUACAUGGACUCCGAGAUUAGGGCUAUUAUGGCUCAGUACAUGCCACUCGACAACCAAGGAGAGGUCGUGAGUCAUUUGCAUCAAGAAGAACACGCAUGAAGCACAAGUUUUGAUUCGCAUGUAGGAUCGUCCGAAAGUUGUAAGAGGCCAACCUCUGGUCCGACUGUUUCACGGUCUAUUCCACCAAUAUUAAAAGGUAAAUAGGCUGAUUUUAAUGAACAAAAAAUAGUAUCUGUUUGACGGAUCGGAGCGAGGGCUGUGUGAAAUUAAACGAUAUUUAUUCUUAGAACUACAUCUUUCUGUAGCUGUACAUGUAUAGAUUUUUUGCCCUGAAUCAUAAUUUGCAGUUCAAUUACUGUUUACAAUGGAACUUUGUUCGCAUCA